AUGGCACCACUUUCAAGCAAAGAUGAUGAAAUGACAUUCCAAGUCGCUGCACAAAAUCUACCCCCAGAACUGCUCCUCAUCGUACUACAGCACUGGCUCGGCCAACAACGCAUCGUAAUCGAUGGCUCCGCCCACCCUUAUUACACACUAUCCUACACCAAUCCCGAAAACAUCGAUCCUUUCGCCACCAUCUCCACCAGCGAUGCCCCAUCAUUCCUUUACCAAGAAUACUUUUGGUCUCGGAUUCGCUCCUGGCUGACCGACGCCAAAGAGUUCUCCGACCCAACAACAUUCUACAUGAGCCAUCUCCUGAUGAGUUUGAAGAUGAAGGACCGCAUAGGCUGGUACUAUCUACCCAACCAGCCAUGGGAUGCUAUUUGCCAGGACCCGGCACUCUCCUUGUCGACGAAUUUUCCGGUGAUCAGCGACCACAGUGCGCAGUAUGCUCGUAUGAAGCAUCUCUCAUCGCUCCACGGACUAGAGAAGAUCAAACUCGACUUCACGGCCGAACAAUACUUCGCCAUGUUCGACGUCGCAGUCCCACCCUUCCAUUACCGCGAUGGUGCAGUCGCCGGCGACAACUUAUACCGCGACGAAUUCUGCCAUGGCGCCGGCCAUUUCCUUUUGCAUACGAAGGAACUUGAACUCCAUUUCGGCGACGCAUACAAGCAGGCGAACCCCUGGUACGACGUCCAAGAAGCUGCUUGGUGCGAGACAAAUCCCGCGUGGAACUACGCUGAAGCCAGACUACGCCCGCACGUCUGUGAUAGUGGCUUGGUCAUCGAUUGGAUAUUAGAAUGUACAGCAAUGGGUGAGGGAGAAGUGGUUUGA